AAAAUGGAUAUUAUAGAAGAACCUCAGAAGAAGGUCUUCAAGGCUAGAAAAACGAUGAGAGUGAGUGAUCGUCAACAACUUGAAGUAGUUUACAAAGUCAAAGAGGAAUUGUUGAAAACGGAUGUCAAGCUGUUAAAUGGCAACCAUGAAAAUGGAGAUUUGGACCCAGCCUUACCUUUGGAAAAUAUGGAUUAUAUUAAAGUUAAGGAAGAGGUGAAUGGUAUUGAAGAACUUUGUUUUGACCCUAAAGAAAGUAAAACAGAAUGGAAGGAAACACCCUCUGUUCUAAAUGUUAAUGUUAAAAACAAGCAGAAUGAUGAUUUAAAUAGUGAAACUGUAUUUUCUAGUAAUGUGACUCCUGAACCAGCCUCUCAACUGACUUCUGAACCACCUUCUGGUGUUCUGGCCUCUGGUGAUCUGGCCUCUGGGGAAUCAUCCUCUGGAGACUUGGCCUCUGGAGUGUUGGCGUUUGGUAAUCCUGCCUCUGGUGAUUGCAUUUCUGAUGAUCCUGCCUCAGGUGAACCUGCCUCCAGUGAACCUGCCUCCUGUGAAUCUUCCUCUGGUGAAUCUGUCUCUGCUUCUGGUGAACCUGCUGCCUCUGGUGAACCUGCUGCCUCUGGUAAACCUCCUUCUGAUGAAGACCCCACGGAUGAACCCACUUUUGAUGAUGAUACGUCUCCUGGUGAUUUGCCCUCUGCUGAUCUGUCCUCUGGAACACCAGCCUCUGUUGAACAGACCUGUGAUGGACCGGCCUCUGAUGAACCAGCCUCUGAUGAGCCAGCCUCUGAUGAGCCAACCUGUGGAACAUUGGCUUCUGAUGAUCCAUCAGCCUUUGAACUAAGUUCUGUACCAGUUUGUGAAGCAGUUACUGAAACAACAGAGCCUAGUAGCAAUAAAGAUGAUAAUUUUCUUGAAAAAAAUAGGAAUGAUGAGAAGUUAGACCAAAUUCAGAUUAAGGAUUCACUUGAAGAGAAAAAUAAAGGUGAUAAUAAUAAUGAGUCUAAUGAAGAAACUUUAGAAACAGAUGAAACAUUUGUUUGUUCAGAUCUACCUCUUAAAAAUGAAAAGAAGGUAGAGGAAGAUAGUAUCCCAGAGCUGGCUCUUGGAGAAGAAGCUAUAUCUAGUAGUAUGGAAAUUGAUCAAGGUGAAAAGAAUGAAGAUGAAAAUACUUCAGAUCUUGUAGAAACCAUUAGUGAAAAGGUUAUAGAAGAUGACAAAAAUGAAACUAUAUUAGAAAACACAGAUUCCAUGGAGACAGAUGAAAUUAUUCCUAUUUUGGAAAAGCUUGCACCUGCUGAAGAUGAACUGACUUGUUUCACUAAAAGUUCUCUCCUUCCAAUUGAUGAGUCAAAUCCAGAUUUGGAAGAGAAAAUGGAAAGUUCUUUUGGUUCGCCAUCUAAACAAGAAAGUAGUGAGAGUUUACCAAAAGAAGCUUUUUUGGUUCUUUCUGAUGAAGAGGAUAUUUCAGGUGAAAAAGAUGAUUCUGAAGUAAUAUCACAAAAUGAAACAUGCUCGCCAGCAGAAGUAGCAAAUAAUGAAAAAAACAGCAAACUUGAAGAAGAUGAGCAAGGAACUCAUGAAGAGGAUGAAAGACCUUCAGAGAAAAAUGAGUUUUCCAGAAGAAAACGUUCUAAAUCAGAGGACAUGGACAAUGUGCAGUCUAAACGCCGUCGAUAUAUGGAAGAAGAAUAUGAAGCAGAAUUUCAAGUAAAGAUUACAGCCAAAGGAGAUAUUAACCAGAAACUGCAAAAGGUUGUACAAUGGUUGCUGGAAGAAAAACUGUGUACAUUACAGUGUGCUGUGUUUGAUAAGACUUUGGCAGAAUUGAAAACACGAGUGGAAAAGAUUGAAUGUAGCAAGAGGCAUAAAACAGUUCUUACUGAACUACAGGCCAAGAUUGCCAGGCUAACCAAACGGUUUGGAGCAGCUAAAGAAGAUCUUAAGAAAAGACAAGAAAAUCCACCAAAUCCACCCGCAUCACCAGGAAAGCCUACAAAUGAUAUUAACAGUAAUAAUAAUGUUCCAUACAGAAAUGCAGGUACAGUGCGACAAAUGCUGGAAUCCAAAAGAAAUAUAAGUGAGAGUGCCCCGCCUUCCUUUCAAAGCCCUGUGAAUACAGUAUCUUCAGCCAACCUUAUCACUCCUCCGACAGUUGUCAGUAGUCAACCUAAACUUCAGACUCCAGCAACCUCGGGUUCUCUGACAGCAACAUCAGUUCUUCCUGCACCCAACACUGCUACAGUAGUUGCUACUACUCAGGUGCCUAGUGGAAAUCCCCAGCCUACAAUCUCUUUACAACCUUUACCAGUGAUUUUACAUGUACCUGUUGCUGUAUCAUCACAGCCUCAGCUCCUACAGAGCCAUCCAGGGACUUUAGUGACUAAUCAACCUUCUGGCAACGUUGAAUUUAUUUCUGUGCAAAGCCCACCAACAGUGAAUAGUCUUACCAAAAAUCCAGUAUCAUUGCCAUCCUUGCCAAACCCCACUAAACCAAACAACGUUCCAUCAGUGCCCAGUUCUAGUAUUCAGAGGAACUCUUCUGCCAAUGCUGCACCAUUAGGAACAACACUUGCUGUACAAGCUGUUCCAACAGCACACUCUAUUGUACAAGCUACAAGGACUUCUCUACCCACAGUAGGCCCAUCAGGACUCUAUAGUCCAUCAAGUAAUCGAGGUCCUAUACAGAUGAAAAUUCCAAUUUCUGCUUUUAGUACUUCAUCUCCUGCAGAACAGAGUAGCACUACUACCCCAAGAAUUGAAAACCAGAUAAGCAAAGCAACGGAUAUUUGUGUUAAUAAGAAAGCAGCUGAUAGUACAUCAUCACAGACUGGGAAAGCCACAGCCAGUGAUUCAGGUGGUGUCAUUGAUCUCACAAUGGAUGAUGAAGAGAGUGGAACUUCACAAGAACCUAAAAAACUAAAUCAUGCUCCUGUAUCAACCAUUGGUUCUUCUCAGCCUGUGACUCGACCAUUGCAACCCAUUCAGCCAGCGCCCCCUCUCCAGCCAUCUGGGGUGCCAACAAGUGGACCAUCUCAAACAACGAUACACUUACUACCUACAGCUCCAACCACCGUGAAUGUAACACAUAACCCAGUAACUCAGGUUACCACAAGACUUCCUGUACCAAGAGCUCCUGCAAACCACCAAGUUGUGUAUACUACUUUGCCGGCACCACCAGCUCAGGCUCCCCUGCGAGGAACUGUUAUGCAGGCACCUGCUGUUCGGCAGGUCAAUCCUCAAAAUAGUGUCACAGUUCGAGUGCCUCAAACAACUACAUAUGUUGUAAACAAUGGACUAACGCUGGGAUCAACAGGACCUCAGCUCACAGUACAUCAUCGACCACCACAAGUGCAUACUGAGCCCCCACGACCUGUGCACCCAGCACCUUUACCAGAAGCCCCACAACCACAGCGUUUGCCCCCAGAAGCUGCCAGCACAUCUCUGCCUCAGAAGCCACAUUUAAAGUUAGCACGAGUUCAGAGUCAAAAUGGUAUUGUAUUGUCAUGGAGUGUUCUGGAGGUGGAUCGAAGCUGUGCUACUGUUGAUAGCUACCAUCUCUAUGCUUAUCAUGAGGAACCCAGUGCCACUGUGCCCUCACAAUGGAAAAAGAUUGGAGAAGUAAAGGCACUUCCUUUGCCCAUGGCGUGUACUCUCACCCAGUUUGUAUCUGGUAGCAAGUACUACUUUGCAGUAAGAGCCAAGGAUAUUUAUGGCCGAUUUGGACCUUUCUGUGAUCCUCAGUCAACGGAUGUGAUCUCUUCUUCCCAGAGCAGUUAA